AUGCCUUCGAACAAUUCUGCGAGCUUGUCAAACGAGACAUUACUUGACAUGCUUUUACCUGGCUUUGGUCCCUUGUCACGACUUGUUUCAUUUUAUCUUCAAAUUGAUCUCUCCGCCUAUUCGUUCUAUAUCGUCACAAUAGCGAUUUUUUGGACGUUCGCCUUUAUACUGCCAAAGUUGUUUCACCAAUUCCAAAAUUUGGUUCUGCAUUAUGCUGCCUCAGUGGAUAUCAUGUAUCAGGAUCCACUGUAUGACCUAGCUAUGGCAUGGAUAGCCGGGCAUGAUCAAUUGAACCAAACGAGAUGCUCCAUCGCUGGGACAAAGACGAGCUAUAAUUCACCAUUUCGCAGCCUGAAAUUUGAGGAGGACAAAGAAGAGCAAGAAAAGGGCCAAUUGGGGGACGAUAGUCGACCAGACGCCAGCCCUAAUGAUCAGAGAUUCUGGCACCGCCUUCGAUACUGGAACAAGAGAAAACCCAUCCAGUUCACGCCAAAGAAAGAUGAUUUUUUUUUCUUUUGGCACUGCGGUCGUAUAUUUGCCCUCUGUCGAAAAUCAUUCGCAACAUCUAACAACGAUUCCUUCUACGCCUUUAUGGAGAAUAUCGCAAUUUAUACUGCUCCAUGGAAUCAGGGUUUGUUGAAAACGCUCCUCGAAGAGAUUCAGAUGCAAAGUCUCCAGAAUAAGAGCAGCGAAAUCAACGUCUUUCAAGGGAUGAAACGGCAGGGGUCUUAUAAAUGGGUCCCCAUGUCAAGCAAUGUCUGUCGACUCAUGGACAGCGUGGUACUUGAUACCGAGAAAAAAGAGGUUUUUGAAGAUGCCAAAAAAUUCCUCCAUCCAGAUACAAGCCAGUGGUAUAAGAACCAUAAUAUAAAUUACCGACGAGGCUACCUUUUCCAUGGCCCUCCGGGCACGGGUAAAACGAGCCUGUGUGUUGCAAUGGCUACUUUUCUGGGGCUGGACAUCUAUACGCUCAGCCUGAAUUCUCUGGAUGAAGAUGGGUUAGCGCUACUCCUUCAGGACCUCCCAACACGAUGUGUGCUCCUUUUUGAGGAUAUUGACUCGGCCGGUUUACGAAAACGCCCCAACGAUGUGAAUGCCAAUCAGGUUGAAAUAAGCGAUGAGCAGCUCUUGUCAGUUCAUGAUGAUGAUUAUCCUUUGGGUCAGAGGUUGAUCAGUCUCUCAGCUUUGCUCAAUUGCAUAGACGGCGUGUGUGCCAAGCCAGGUCGUAUUCUUAUCAUGACUACGAACCACAGGGACAGGCUUGAUCAAGCUUUGACUCGCCCAGGUCGCGUGGACAUUGAAGUCGAAUUUGAACUUGCUAGUACCCUGUCUGUCCAAAAGCUUUUCUUUGCCUUCUACACGCCAUGCAAUCCUUUGGGCGAUAGCGAUCAAGAUCAGAGGACCGGAAAUAUCCAUCAUGAGACAGAUAUACUACAUUCGCUUUCUGCCGAGUUUGCGCGGUACGUUCCCGGCAGGAGAUUCAGCCCUGCUGAGAUUGAAAAUUAUCUUUUAAAGUAUCGAACAGAUCCUGCAUCUGCCGUCGCAGAAGUGAACGAAUGGAUCAAGCCAAAGCUUGCUUGUGAGUAG